AUGGUUGAAAUAUUUUUUGAAAAUCCAAAUGAAGAAAGAAUUGGACCAGGAAAAGAAAAAUAUCUUUAUUAUUCAUCAAAAGCAUAUUUUACAUAUGGAUUAAAUCGAAACAAAUUUCAAAACGGAUAUUUAGGAUUAAAUCCUUCAGAAGUUAGUGGAAUAUUUCAUAUCCGAUAUCCUGAAAGUAAACCUUUAAAAGCAACAAAGAUAGAACUUUAUUUUUGUGGAAUAGUUAAUACACAAUGGGCAGAUUAUAAUGGUUAUUGUUCUAAUAGUAAAGAAAUUUGUAAAGAGAUGAAAUGUAUAUGGAAAGCAAAUUCUAACGAAGAAAAUAUAACAAGUUUAGAUUAUCCAUUUAAGUUUACAAUACCGAAUGAAUCACCCUCAUCAAUAAAUUAUAUAGGAGAAUAUAAAGUAAAUGGAACUAUAUAUUAUACUAUUAAUGCAAUAAUUUAUCGAAAAACACGUAGAAUAUUUGAAAGUUCAGAAAAAGUGAUUGAAGUUAGAGCAGAUAUUAAACGAUGGCAAUUACUGACAUGUCCAGAUUAUAAUCCGGAUUUAUUAAUUGAAAAAAACGAAUUAUAUAAAUGUCAAGUAUUAUUAGAUAAAUCAACAUUUGAUAUUAAAGGGAUUAUUAAUAUUCCAAUUAAUUUUCAAAUAUAUAAACAAAACGUAAUAGUGAAAAAAAUUAAAGUGAAAUUAGUAGAAUAUUUUAAAUUAAAAAAUUUUGCAGCAUCCAAUAAAGGAAGUUUGGUAAAACAAACAGUGAAUGGUAAUGAAGUGCUAUCAAUACCAAAUAGCGAAAAUGAGUUUAGUGUUGUUGUGAAAUUGGAUUUAUCAAAAGUAAAAAAAUUGUGGAAUAACGAAGCUGUAAUAAAUUGUAGUUGUAUUACAGAAUUAUUUGAAAUUUUCCAUAAAGUGAAAAUUAAUAUUUUAAUGGGUAAAGCUAAUAGUGUAAAAUUUAAAAAGGAGAUCAAAUUGUGUAAUAUUGUUAGUGAUGACGCUUUGGAAGAAUAUAUGGAGGACAAUAUUUUUUAA